UUCGAGAUAGAUAUAUCCGGGCUACAUACCGUGGAGAAGCUUGGGCAGUUGGGGCUGAAUAUUGGUCGCGAAUUUGACGGCACGGUGUGUCUCCACAACUCAUACGUCAAGUCUGCUCGCAGAGUCAGCCUGAACAUCAAGAGCUCUCCAGGUAUACGCGGAGUAGCUGCGGAAGGGUUGGGAAUAUAUACCAAAGCUACCGAUUCAGUUCGUAUUACGGUCUUACUGCAUCGACGCACGAGUACCUUGAUUGAGCAUCUGUCUUCUCCUUCAACAUGUCGUCUUCGUCACAAGUCGCGGAGUCUUGGAUAUCGUCCUUUUGCAGUCUGCUCGGCCAUGAAUACUUUGCAGAGGUAUCCGAAGACUUUAUAGAGGACGACUUCAACCUCACAGGCCUGCAAUCACAAGUGCCCAUGUACAAAGAAGCACUGGAGAUGAUAUUAGACGUGGAGCCAGAUGAUGACGAGGACGAGGAGGAUGAGGAGGAUGAGGACGAGGACGAAGAGGAUAUGCUGGGAGAAGGUGAUCGGCCUACUGGUUACCGAAGAGCCGGAGACCGUCGACACAUGCGCAUGGCUAGUGAUCUGAGCAUGAUAGAAAGCUCAGCCGAGCUGCUUUACGGCUUGAUACAUCAACGUUUCAUUAUCUCCCGCCCUGGCAUCCAGCAGAUGGCCGAAAAGUACGACUUGCAGCAUUUCGGUCUCUGUCCGCGCGUCAACUGCAAUGGCGUAAAGGUCUUACCAGUCGGCUGCAGCGAUACUCCUGGCCAAGAGACCGUCAAGCUUUUUUGUCCCUCCUGUCUCGACGUCUACACACCACCUAACUCUCGCUUUCAGUCCGUCGAUGGUGCCUUCUUUGGGACGACUUUUGGUUGCCUCUUCUUCAUGACAUUUCCCGAACUCGACGUUGGCACGAUGCGUGUGCAAACAGAUGACCGCAUGGCAUCAGAUACAAAUUCCGCGUCGACGAUAAUAAACGGCAUACCGGCGACUUCACGCAUUCCUCUACCACCGCAGCCAUCCAUUAUCAACGGCGUCGCGCCACACAACCUCGCUCCAGGUCUGGGUACGGGCAAUAUACACGAGCCUCGUAUUUAUGGCUUUCGCGUUUCGGAACGAGCUCGUUCCGGGCCACGCAUGAAGUGGUUACGCAGUAGACCUGACGACAUAAAUGAGCUAGACGAAGCCAAACGAUUCUGGGAAGAUCAAGAAGAAGUGCUCGAAGAUGAAGGCACGGAAAUGGAGGAAGAGGCCAUGGACGGCCAGCAAGGGAUCGAUGCGGACGAGGGCAGUGCGAUCGCGGCGAGCGUAAAGAAGGCGCGGAAGGCACAAUUGAACGGGGGCGUGAGUCCGAUGGAUACAAACGGCGUGGGGGAAGGUGGAUGAACAGGAUGGAAAGGGGGGGGCUGCAGGUCUC